CCAGAUAAAAGCUAGCACCGCUUCGAGUUCUAUCUCAUUCGUAACUCGCGCGUAUCAAACUCAAUUAGGAGGCUCUCCUGAUUGCGACUGUGAUUCCGGCUGUGUGACAGUGACUUGUAGGUGACAGUGACGACUGCUUUCCACCAUGUUUAUAAUUAGCUUACUGAUGCUGAUGCUCCAUGCCGGCCUCCAAGAAGUCCAGUGCGCAGUAUUCUACACGGAAAAGCCCUCCUAUAUUGAAUCAUGCAAGAUUUAUGAACCGGAAUUCACCAAAUGCUCAACGCGCUCCAUACAGGCUUUCAUGAACCAGCUGGUCAAAGGCAUUCCCGAGAUUGAGGACACCUUUGGACCCAUUGACCCCAUGCGACAGGAUCAGCUGGUUUUCAAGCAGGACAACAGCGAUGUGGCCACCAUUUCGGCCAAUCUCACGGAUAUGCUGAUCAGUGGCUUUGGCAAAAUGGUGAUCAAGGAAAGCAAAGUCAGCAAAAAGGACUUCAGUUGGCUAACAAAGAUCUAUCUGCCCAAAAUGCGAAUGGAUGGUCACUAUAAAAUGUUAGGUCGCAUUUUACUGGUGCCCCUGAAGGGAGCUGGAAAAAUCGUCAUGGAAAUAGAUGACCUGGACAUACUGAUGAGCACCAAGACACGCCUCUACGAAAAGGGCGGCUACACAUUUUACAAUGUGACUUCCGUGAAGGUAAAGUUGGAGGUUGGCAAAGUGCGAACCAGAAUGGAUAACCUUUUUAAUGGGCAAAAAGAGGUGGAACAGAGCACCAAUCAGUUCUUUAACGACAAUUGGAAGGAUGUUUUUGAGGCUCUGCGUCCCCUGGUGGAUGAAACGGUGGAGCGGACUCUACUGGCUCUUCUCCACAAGACAUUUGCUCUAUUUCCAGCGAGCUUUUUUGUAGAGGAUAUUCCCACCUCCUUGGCCUUGUAUGGUCGCAAAUCACACAUGAUAACGUAGGAAGCGUUUCAGCGAAGCGAAUUCAGUAACUAAAAAAAUAUUGUUUCGUAAAAAAAUUGAAAGCCAUGAUUUGUUUCCUUUAGAAUCUUAUAAAGUUAAUAAGAAAUAUACGAGUUUCUUAUUUAAACAAAAUCAA